UCCUAUUCUUCAUUAUUGCAAAUAAAUGCGCAAUUUGCUUGUUAUGAAGGACCUCUUCACAUCGCAAAUUAACUGCCCGCAUGCAUGUAUCGGUAUAAACCAGCGUAAUGAACUUAUGGUGUGGCUCCCCAGAGUCUUAAUAUGGUGGACCACGUGACCAAGUGCAUGCUAACAUCGGAUUGAGGUGAACGGUAUAUCAUAGUUGUUGUGCUGAACUCCCUGACCGAGACUUAAUCAUUACAUUCGUUUUUUUUUUUUGUUUUCCAUCAACAGACUUCGGUUCUAGAACACGAAAAGAACACAAACCGCGAAUGUCGAUAGCACUAGGAUCUAUAUGUCCCAUGAUUCAGGACCAUCAAAGCACUUUCCACGGCAAUUCCUCUUUGUGGGCGAGGAAAUUCUAAGUAGCAUUAAUAUACAUAUCAACAAGACGCAACCCGCUCUACGUCCGGCCUAAUGUAAUUAUUUAUGUUGUUAUUUUACAAUUUCAAAAAUAUAUCAUUACAAACAUGGCUGAUAUUAGUGGGCCUUUUACUGGGCUUCCAAAUCGAGGGCCCAGUACAUUUUCGGCCCAAAUAGGACCAAAGAAAGCCCCCAACCGCUCCCCACUGAAUAUUUCAACACAAACCGCUUUCCGACAUGCUGAAGGAUGGUGGAAGAAACAUUUGCUAAGUGAUAAUGAGCGGAUCGUCGGUCAUAAAGCUCAGAGCUUUCUCAAGGAUUCCCGGCAUUCGAAUUGGAGCACCCACAGAAGCGAACCCGGUGGUGGCCGGGUUAUCGCCAUUUUCAACCAUCAACAAGAGUUUCAGUACUUCGGAUGCUCAUGAUGUCGGAGACGACCAGCUGUUCGAUGAAAUGCCUCAGAGGGUACCCAACAAGCGGAGCAUCCAUUUCGACCGUGUCCUCAGUCUUCUCAGAACCCCCGCUGUCCUGGGAGACACGGCAUUCCCCUCAACCGGACAUUGCUUGGCCCUCAAGAUAGGGGCCCUUUCUCAUUUACCAGUCCUGACCUCCCUCAUCAUGGCCUACUCCAGGGCAGGUGAGCUCUGCUGCUGCCACUACCUGUUCAAUGAGAUUACUGACAGAGAUGUGAUUAUUUGUAAUGCGAUGAUCACUGCACUGGUGGACCACGGCUGCUUCGAGGAGGCGAUGGACUUAUUCUCUAAGAUGUUAUCAUGUGAAAUAGGAUUCAGCUCCACUUCUUUGUUACUCAUUGUUUCGUCACUAAUUUGCUUGGGUGACUUGGUUCAAGGCCGUAUUCUUCAUGGGCUAGCCUUGAGAUCUGGGACACUAUCGGAUACCUCGCUUUGUAAUGCUCUGAUAGAUAUGUAUGCCAAAUUCGGUGAACUUCUCUCCUCAGAACUUGUGUUUCACGAGAUGGGCAGUGUUAGGGACACUGUUUCCUGGAACUCGGUGAUGAGCGGAUUUCUCCAUGGCAAUGAUCCUGAGAGGUGCUUGCUCUACUUUCUGGGGAGAGCCCGUGAUGGAGAGAAGGGUGACAGUGUAAGUCUCUCAUGUGCAAUUUCGGCAGCCUCUUUUCUAAGGAAUCUGAGGUGGGGCGAAGUUGUGCAUGCCUUAUCGAGCAAGACUGGGCUCGAGAACAAUCCUAACAAUAACUCAGUUGCCAACUCACUUGUUUCAUUCUAUUCUGCCUGCGGACAUAGUGCAGCUGCAGAAAUGAUAUUUAAGGAAAUGGUGGUCAAGGAUACGGUUUCUUGGAACACGGUGAUUGAGGGUUUGAGGUUGAAUGGAGAGAUAGGAGAAGCAUUCCAUCUCCUACAUGAAAUGCAGUUCACUGCACAAAAUCGACCCGAUAAGAUAACUCUUCUAACAAUAACUUCAAUUUGUGCGGAUGAGAUGCUAUUAGUGGAAGGUAGAACCGUUCAUGGCUUCAUUCUUCGGGGAGGAAUGGAGCUGGAUUCAUCAUUGAGAAACAGCCUGAUGUACAUGUAUGCUAAAUGCGGGAGAGUUGAGUAUGCUCUCUCCUUGUUCGAGUCCAUGAUCCCUAGAAGAGACUCGGUUUCAUGGAACACAAUGAUCUCAGGGUAUACCCAAGGAGGGUUAAAUAAAGCUGCUCAGAGUUUGUUCAGGGAAAUGCUAAAGGGUUCUCUAGAGUGCAGUGCGGUGACUCUCUUAGCGGUCCUGCCUUCCUGUGAUUCCCCUGAGUUUCUUAUAUUCGGGAGAUUGAUCCACUGUUGGAAGUUGAAAUCAGGAUUCUCAUACAAUAAUCUUGUUGUAAAUUCGAUUAUCUACAUGUAUAUCAACUGUGGCGAACUUAAAACAGCAUUCUCGUUGUUUCGAGGGGAUUCAGAUAUGAAAGAUGUCACUUCUUGGAACACGGUUAUAGGAGGUUGUGUGCAGAAUUACUAUUUUCGAGAGUCUUUAGAUACAUUCCAUUUAAUGAUGAGAGAAGGCAAUGCUUCUUUCGAUUUCGUUACUCUUGUGAGUGUAUUAUCAGCUUGUGGUAACCUCGAACUGGUCUCUGGAGGUAAGUUGAUUCAUGGGCUUGCCAUCAAGGCUCUCUUGGGAUCAGAAACUCGUGUACAGAAUGCUCUAAUGACAAUGUACGGGAGAUGCAGAGAGAUUGAGAGUGCAAGAUCGGUUUUCACCACGGGUUAUAAACUUAACUUAUGUUCGUGGAAUUGCAUGAUUUCUGCCUUUUGUCAGAACAAGAACCCAAUGGAGGCAUUGAACCUCUUCUGUCAUCUUGAUCUGGAACCUGAUGAGUUCACCAUUACUGGGAUCAUCACAGCUUGUACGCAGCUCGGGUCUAUAACACAAGGUAAGCAAAUCCACGCUCAUGUUUAUCGGUUUAGGCUCCACAAGAAUCCAGAGAUAUGUUCAGCCCUUCUCGAUAUGUACAGCAACUGCGGGAGAUUGGACCUUGCUAGUCAAGUUUUUGGAGAGCUGUCUAACAAAUCCAUUAUUGCGUGGAACUCGAUCAUUUCAGCAUACGGAUAUCACGGUGAUGGAAAGAAAGCAAUUGAACUUUUCCAAGAAAUGUGCCAGCGUGGGAACCAACCAAAUAAUGGGACUUUUACAAGCCUUCUUUCGGCUUGCAGCCACUCGGGACUGGUAAAAGAAGGGAUAUACUAUUACCAUCACAUGUUUCAGGACUUCGGAGUCGAGCCCAUUGCUGAUCACAGAGUAUGUGUAGUUGAUAUGUUGGGCCGCUCGGGAGAGCUCCUUAAUGCAUAUAGAUUCAUCAAGCAGAUAGCACCCCGACCUGAGUCGGGCCCUUUGGGAGCUUUGCUGAGUUGGUCCAAUUUUUAUGGGGACAUCGAACUGGGAAGAGAAGUUGCGGAGGCUCUGUUCAAAUUGGAUCCCGAGAACAGCGGGUACUAUAUCUCUUUGUCAAACAUGUAUGUUGCUGCAGGGAGGUGGAAGGAGGCUGUGGAGCUAAGGGGGGUGGUUGAAGCGAAGAGAUUGAAGAAGCCACCCGGUUACAGCCUUAUCAAUGUCGGUUAGGUGCGAUAAAUAAAAGAGAGAGAGCAAAAAUGGAAAUGGUAGAGUUACAAACAUGGCUAAGUGAAAACAUUCGUAAUUCAAGCUCAUGAGCUGUAUGUACAAAAAGAUAUUAAUAGGAGGCGAUUUUCAUUUCCUCAUAAUGUCAGAAGACAAUAUUGUCAAACCCGAAACCACAAGAUGCUACUGCCGUCCAUCACAUGUAUGGAUUAUUAUUAAACAUAUUCAUCAAGCAGUUUUUAAUAGUAAACUUUCAGUCGAGACCA